UAAAAAUCUUUUGUAAUAGUAUCGUAAUAGUUGAACGAAAAUAUUAAUCGUUUGGAUUUGUAAACAAAAGUAUAAUAUGAUUAAUUAUUCGAUUUGAUUGAAUUUUAAUUAGCCAUUUAUGAAUAUAGCAUAUUAAUGUAACCUAUAUUGAAAAAUGGCCGAGAAAGCCGUUUUUGACUGUCCAAUGUGCGAUUUUCGUGCGAAUUCUGCUUUCGAGCUUGAUGAACAUUUUUCAAAAGUUCAUGAUGAAAAUGCUGCAAGAGUUUGUAUAGUUUGCGGGUUAAGUUUUAUGAAUAAAAAAGAUCUAGAGUUUCAUACUAACGCUCAUUUUGAAAAUGAUCAAGCUGGAGCUGGUAAAUACUGCCCAAUAUGCAAUAAAAACUUAAGGAAUCACGAGGAUUUAGACAGUCAUGUAAAUAAUCAUUUCGAUGAAACCGAAUCAGAGAGUUCAAUAGAGAUAUAUAAAGAACCCGACGACAGGGAUAGAGGCGUCGGAGUAGCUCAUGUAGAAUUUAAAAAAAACUCUAAACAACCUUCGACAAGUCAUUCGCAGGAGGUCGCUUCGACAUCCUCCGGUCAAAGCCAAAGUACACUUUUUGACAAAGAGUCUGGAAAGAUUUAUUCAAAUAUUUUGAACAUUUUAAGAGAAUAUUUAACAGCUAUAAAAUCUGAUUUUAAACUUUGUUCAUCCUGCUACCUCUUCACAAAUGGACCAUUCGAUAGAGGUUGGUCAUGCGGUUAUAGAAAUUUACAAAUGUUGCUUUCAUCAAUGAUGAAUUCGAGAGAAUUUUCAAACUGCGAAAUUUUUUCUAAUCAAUUUCUUCAAGAGUUAACACCAAUUCGAAAAAUUCAAACUCUUAUCGAAAGAGCUUGGAGUUUAGGAUUUGAUACAAGAGGAGCUCAACAACUUUCUCAUAAGUUGGUUAAUACUAAAAAAUGGAUAGGAGCAACUGAAGUUGUGGCUCUACUGUCAUCUUUCCGAAUACAAUGCACGCUUAUAGAUGUUCACUGUAAGAGUAAAACGACUGGUACCCAUUCUCAUAUAUUUGAUUGGGUACAAAAUUACUUUAACAGCCCCGAUGCAAAAUUUCCGCUGUAUUUGCAACAUCAAGGACAUUCGAGAACGAUUGUAGGCAUUGAACAUGGUCAGAAUGGUCUCAAUCUUCUUAUUUUCGAUCCCAGCUGUUCGAAAGAGUUAUGUGGACGUUAUUGUCGUGGUGAAUGUAAUGAAAGUAUUACGUGGAAACUAUUUAGGAGAAGUUUAAAAACGUUCUUUAAAGAACAAUAUCAAAUUGUCGCAGUGAAGGGUAUUAUAAAAACUGAAGCUGAAUAUGAAAGAUCUAAAGUGCUUAAUUCAACAUUACUGCCAGCUUAA